CCUUCUGUCCCAAACUGGCACUUCUUCAGGUGAGCAGUGAGGAUCAGGGUGCAGCACUGCAGGUUCACCACCUCCUGGCAGUUGGCUGUAAGCAGAGAAUGAGAUCUGUGUGAUUGCCUUGGAUCCAGGCCCCCACCGACACAGCUGGGAGCUGCCUGGUCGCAGCCAGCAAAGCUGAGGUCCCUGCAUGGCCUUUCAGCAGCACUCUGAGCUGCAGCAUUACAGGCCAUCCUGCUGGUGGGUGAUGCUGGAAAUGCUUCAGCUUAGGAGCUGUGAUGAGCAUUCUGAUUCUGCAAAACUAUUCUGCUUCGUGAAAUACCUACAUCCUUUAACUUGGUCUCAUUAAAUCAGAGUAGGAAAUAUCUAAGAGCCCUGUCUCUUGCUGUUCCGCUUCCAAGAACUUGUCCAGGUCACAAGGGGAAGGAGUUAAAUCUCAGCUGAGUCAUUCUGGAUGUUUUGGCCAUGAUCUUUCACCCAGUGUCACUACAGAAAACUGCCAGGGCUGAUCAACGUCAGCAGUCAGUGCUGGGCAUCCAGCUCAAAUAGCAGAGGGAGCAAAAGCUUUGGACCACGUGCAUCUGGCAGCUUCAGCAGUGAGUGCUUCAGGUCAGGCAAAGGCUGCCUGCCAAGUGUGGGAAUGUCAGCACAGCCUGCUCGUUCCUUCCCCUGCUGCAUGUGAUUGCGCUCUGAAGCUGAGGGCCAGGAGUAGAGCAAGGGGAGCCCUCCCAUGAACCCGGGAGCAGAGGUGCUGUGCUGGCAGCUGUCACUGCCCAGUGAUUUUUUUGGCUCCAUUCAGACCAGCAAAGUCCCCGCUGGCAAGAUCUCAGAGCUGCAAGGCUGGAAAUGUGCAGUGAGGACAACCUGGGGCCAUUCCACCACUCAUAAUCUUGGUUGCUGCUCAGUAACCAACCCCUUGCUCAGCCUCCCUUCCUGCAGGUAGCUUAACUCUGUGGCAUGGCUUUCUGUGUGACAUUGUGCAGGGGUUAAAUGUGUCCAUCAUACUUUUUUCUGUGGUUUAAUUAAUAAAUAGGUAAAGGAUGCUGAUGUGCUCUGAUAGAGCUCUUAUGCCCUACUCCCUGACCUCUGCACUGCUGUGCACAUAGUUCCCUCUCCAGGGGGCUGCUGCCAGGCACCAAGAGCUGAAUCAAAGCCAGUGUUUUCCCCACGUACACUGCCUGCGAGCAAACACAACACACACAGCACUUGCCAGAGAUGUGUGGGCUGCUCAUGCUGGGCGCCGUCCUGCAGGAGGUGGAGGUAACAAAACGUGCAGCAGCUGCAUCUUCCACUGAGUUUCCAGAUGUUGCCAUAUAGAUGUUUCCCCAGCAGUGCUUGCAGGUGCUGUAGCAUCAUCCCCUUUUCCUGUGGAGAUGCCAAGAUGUGCAGGUGAAAUCCUGUCUCACAGCUUUGCUGCAGAGCACCUGAAUGGUGGGAACCAGUACUGAUGCCGUUCCAGGGAGUGAUCUGCAGAGCUGUGCUGUGUCACAGGGCCAUGGACAAAUUGCCUUUCUCCACAUCUCCCCUCCUCACACAGAGAAAGGUCCUGAAAGGGUGCAGAGGGUGCAUGUGGGCAGAGCUGUGCUCACCGCUCUGUUUAUCUUACUUUUCCCACGAGGAACUGUGAAACCACAGAGCAGAGCGUAAGGCUGAUUAGCAGUAGCCUCAGAGCUGGGGCUGGUGGUGCUGCAGCUCUCACUACUGGGCUAGCCUAAAACCUUGUUUUCCUGUGACCUUGGUUUCCAGAUCAAAUAUCUGAGUGCUCACAUCCGUUUUAAGUGAUGCCUCACUGUGCUGCAGGUUGCAGCAGCUGCUGCUGUACCAGGCUAUGGAAGACUCAUCUUUCCCCUUCGGGUGGUACAGCACAGGUCUUGUGAGCACUCACAUGUGAGCCAGUGGAUGACUGGGACAAGGAGUGUUGUUUGGGUUCCCCUGGGCCACGUUCCAAGGCACCAGGACAGUUCCCGUGCUAGCGCUUGGUAUUUCUGCUCUCAGGGAGGUGAUUUAGGGAGCAGCAUGUGUCUGGAGAGUCCCUGGAGUAAACAGAACAAGCACAGAGAGCAUGUUCCUGUAAAUAAAAAGCUGCUUAUUAAAGGAAAUUGCCCCCUUGCUCCAGCAUUAGCACCCCUGCCCUGUGCCCUGUCCUGUGGCCUCAGCCUUGUGCUGAAGGCAGCUUGGUGGGAAGCUGGAGCAGAUGGUGAAGCAUUAUGAAGGAGCUUUGCCCCCUGCCCCCAGGGCCGCGGCGGCCUGCUCGCAGGCUUUUCUCCUGCUUCUGAAUGCAGGGAACAGGGAACAGACCGGGGCCCCUCUUUAGCUGAGAGGCCUCGAGUGACCCCACGCCACUGGGCAGACCCCAGCAUGGUGGUGCCUGCAGCCUCCCGCCCCCUGGAUGCGGUCUGAAGCAGCGACGCGACACGGACAAAGCCAUGCUGCAGGACGGGGCCGGCUGGUGCUGACAGCUCUCGGUGGAGCUGUUUCACACCGUUCUGCGCGCUGUGCGGGCGGUACCUCUGUGCGAGGUGAAAAACAAGGGGCUGCCUCCUGUCUCCGCUGCCGGCAGGGCAUGGCGCUCACCCUCUCCUAUGUGCUGCUCGCCUUCCUCACCCUGCUGCUCCUGUCCUGGGGUUCAGGGAUUCUCAAGAGUCAAGUGGUUCUUGUGACAGUAGGAGAGCCCGUGUCGAUGGAGUGUCCUUUCCACAAGUACAACAGCACUAGCAAUCCCUUCUAUGAGAUCCUCUGGAGCCAUAGGAAUGACUUGAGAAGGGUCCUGCAAUUUAGGAUGACACGGUCCAAUCAGUCCUGUGUGUAUGACAGCAAAGGCCACUUCAGCGGCGUUCUGGAUUUUGGAAGCAGUGUGAGCUUUCUCAACAUCUCAACCGUGCUUAUGAAUGACACUGGCCCUUACUUUUGCUAUGUGAAGAUAGGGAACAGCGAUCCGACUAGAAAGAUGAUUUUCCUGCUCGUGAGAGGUCAGCAGCCCUGGGCGGCCCCUGGGGACCUCAGCUACUCUGCAAUUCAGGGCAGUAAAGUCACCUUGGACUGUGAUUUCCCCACUAACCUGACUGGCAACUUCACAGACCUCUUUUGGCUGCACAAACGAGACCAGAGCCCAUCCCGACUCAUAGCAUGGCACCUCAGGUCCAGUUUCCAGGUUGAGAACGGCAGCAUUGGAAGUCGUUUCCAGAGCUCAUUAGAUCUGGAAAAUGACCGGAGCCGUCUCACCAUUACUGGGUUGGAAGAGAAGGACAGUGGCUGGUACCAGUGUCAGAGAGGCCUGGGAGAGCCGUCUGGUGGGCAGAGAGGGAGGGGAACCAACCUCACUGUGAAAGGCUCUUCAUCUGUCCUGCUGGUGUGUUUGAGGAGCGCUGCGCUUGCUGCGAUUGCUCCGUGCUUGUAUGUUCUGUACAGGCGUUAUGUCCAGCUGAGGAGACAGAACACCUUGGCAGAUGGACUGCAUCCCCACUGUGGGCCUUCAGAGACCACGGGCAGGGAGACCACGAGCAGGGAAGCCAUCUACGUCAGCACUGGCAGCACGGAGUACAGCCUCCUCACUUUCCCAGGAAGGAACCCUGCAGCAGGGGACGUGGGACAAAGAUGACAGCCCAGAAGGGCCCAGCAGGACACGGGGAUCUGUGCUGCACCUGCUGUGUUCAUGGCACCAUGGAUAAUUCUUCUCCAUUGUGUAUCAUGCAAAGGUCUCUAGCAAACUCCUCUCUCCUUCAGCAGUUGUUUCUCCUGUUCAAUUAAAUCCUCUUGAGAGCAAACCCUGUGAAUGUUUGUUCAGUUUCUGCUGUACUUGGCUGAUUUGGCUCCUGGUGGAACUGGCUUUUGGCUACUGUGCAUCUAGCCUAGCUCAGACAAAAUCUUGCAUCACCCUCUAGGGCUGUUACCACCUGCCAGACACAGCCACAUCCUCCUCCCAUGGAGGAAAUGCUCGGCUGUUUUUUGGGGUGGAGCAACGCCUACAUGGCAGCUUUUCUUGCUGAAGGAGGGAGGGAGAGGUGCUGUUGUCUCUGUUCUUACCACUGUCCCCUCAAUAAUGCAAAAUUCUGGAGCAGGGAAUAAAGCACCAAUUCUCACUGUCGUUGCCAAACCAGCUGCUUGGGCAGCUGUGGUGCUGCAUCAGUCAGUGCCUCUGGGCUCAGCUGAUGCAUGGCACAAGGCAGAAGAGGUG